AUGCAUAUUACGGCUACUCUCAGCAGUUCCCGACGAGUCACAUUGAAUGGCCCAGGAGGCCGCCACGACAAUGACUUUGAAGACUUUCGUCGAAUCGCAAUUGUACCAACAGUGGACGAACUUUUCUCGUCCGAACAUCCGUUCUUACGCUUCGCUGCAGAAAUUGACGGUCUUGGGGACGACGAAAAGCUCGCCACCCACCUCGACAAUCAGUUUCGACUAUUGCGCGAAGAUAUGCUACGAGAUCUGCGUGAGGAAUUGACUGGCAAGACAAAACGUCGAGGUCAACGCAUCGACGGACUCCAGGUUCUAGGAUCCGUUUGUGAAGACAAGAACAAAUGGGCGGUUGUCUUUAAGUGCUCCGAGGAGCUGAAAUUUCUGCCUAAAGAAGACCCAAAAGACCCCCAAAAACGUCUUCGCUUCUUACAAACGCACAAGAAGAUCCUGCCGCACGGAUCUUUAGUCUGUAUCCUUGGUGAUGGCAAACUAGUAGGAUUGGGUGAGCUAUGGAGAAAAGAGCAAGAGAUGGCUGAUUCAAAUCCGCGUUUGUAUGUCCACCUUACAGGCAACAAAUCCUCCACUCAGCACACUCUGAAAGCACUCCAUGGUCAUGGCCUAGUGCAAUUGAUACAACUAAACACGGCGCUGUUUGCUUACGAUCCCAUCCUUAGACAACUUCAGAACACCCGACUUCUGCCAAUAGCAGACCACAUACUCACAUGGCAUUCUGGUCAGCCGACUCUCAACAUUGCCCAGUCAAGCCGAAUUCAAAAUCUGGUCAGUAAAAUCGAAUUGGAGAAAAGUAUGGACUUGCAGACAGAGCUAUCGUUACCUAAGUCGACACGAUUGGACUUGAAUCAGGCUCAGAGUCUCAUUACAGGCUUGACUCAGGAAGUCGCUCUUAUUCAAGGUCCACCAGGUACUGGAAAAAGCUUCAUUGGGGCACUGUUAGCCAAGGCAUUAUACAACCUUUCUGACGUUCGGAUCUUGGUUCUUUCCUACACGAACCACGCUCUCGACCAGUACCUGGAGGAUCUGAUGGACGUGGGCAUAUCCGAGCGGAGCAUUGUCCGUCUAGGGAGCUCCGCCAAAGCAAGCAUCAGGACGAAGCCGCUCAGUCUCUUUGAACAGAUUAAAGCAAGCACAGACUAUAAAAUGACCCGCACGGAUUGGGAACUCAUUGAUUCUCGCAAGUCAACGGCGACUUCCGCCGGCAUCGAGUUAUCAAAAGCCUUCACAGAAUUCAUACAGUCAUCUGUUACUAGGCCUGAUCUCUUCGAGUAUCUGGAGUUCUCUUCCGAUUUCUCUGCCUAUUUUGAAGCUUUCCAGGUACCUCAGCAGUUAGAAGGUUUCACGAUUGUUGAUGAGAAGAGCAAGAGUAUUGACAAAUAUUAUCUUAUGUUUCGUUGCAUGCGUGGUAGAGACGCUGGUGUCCUCCAAGAACAUAUCUCGGACCCAAAAGGUAUAUGGGACAUGAAGAUCGAGGAGCGUGACAGAGUCAGACAAGCAUGGUUCGAUGACAUCAGAGGAGAGCGAGCAAGACGCGUUACUGAGUAUGGUUGCGAGUAUGAUGCCACAGUUGCACAGAUACAAGUGAUGAUGGGAGAAAAAGGACGACGCCUACUGCGAGACCGUCGGGUAAUCGGGUGUACAACGACAGCUGCAGCAAAGUAUGUGAAGGACAUCCAGUCUGCCCAACCUGACGUUGUCAUUGUGGAGGAAGCAGGCGAAAUCUUGGAAGGUCACGUCCUUGCAGCCCUAGGUCCUGCAACAAAGCAAUUGGUCCUGAUCGGAGAUCACAAGCAGUUACGCCCGAAGGCUCAUUUCGACCUGAGUGUCGAGAAAGGCAAAGGUUACGACUUGAACAAAUCUAUGUUCGAGAGAUUGGUACUGAAAGGCUAUCCACAUCAAAUCCUGUCUCGACAACAUCGCAUGAGACCUGAGAUCUCUGCCAUUGUCAGAGCUCUUACGUAUCCUGACCUGAUCGAUGCUGAGAGCACUCUGAUCCGACCCCAUAUACGCGGAUUUCAGGAUAGCCUGAUCUUUGUGGAUCACGAUGUUCCUGAGAACGAGCACAGUGAUGCAUAUGACCCUAGGGAGGGUAGUGCAACUUUGACUAAAAGGAACGACUUUGAGGCAGCCUUGACCCUGAAAUGCGUCAAGUACAUCGCACAGCAAGGCUAUGGCAGUGAUCAGAUCGUAGUCUUGACGCCUUAUCUUGGUCAGCUCCGUUUACUAUAUGAUGUCUUGCAGAUAGACAACGACCCUGUCCUCAACGAUCUCGACUCAUUCGACUUGAUCAGAGCAGGGCUUAUGCCACAAGCCACUGCAAGCAUGAAUCAGAGACGGCUACGCAUAUCGACGAUCGAUAAUUACCAAGGUGAAGAGAGUGAUAUUGUGGUGGUAUCCCUCACUCGUAGUAACAAACACGGUGACAUUGGCUUCCUUAGCUCGCCAGAGCGCCUCAACGUUCUCGUCUCGCGCGCUCGAGAUGGACUUAUCAUCAUAGGGGAUUCUGCGACGUUCUUGCAAGCUCGAAAUGCGGCAGGUCGAGAGUUAUGGACGAGCUUCUUUUCUCUUCUGAAAAAGGGAUCGCAUAUCUACCAUGGUGUUCCUGUACGGUGUGAACGACAUCGUGAUCAAGGAACACUUAUCAUUAAGCCAGAAGAUUUCGAUCACAGCUGUCCAGAUGGCGGAUGUGCAUCCCCAUGUGAUGCUAUACUGAGUUGCGGCAAGCACAAAUGUCCUCAGAAGUGCCACCAGCUCUAUGAUCAUUCGAAGAUGAAAUGCGCUUACAUCAUGGCAGACAAGUGCAGUGAGGGUCAUAAACUGACAUGGAAAUGUUCAAACAAUCGUCCUCUGUUAUGUCAGACUUGCGAGGCUAAGAAGAAACGUGACGUCAAGAGAUUGCAGCAAGAACAUGAGCGGCGAGAGACAGAGCUGCUGGCACAGCAAAAUCACGAAGCUAGGAUUAUCACGAUCGAAGAGCAGAUUGAAGCUGAGCGACAACGAAUACAGGGUAUUCAGCUCAAAUACGAUCGUGAUAAGGCUUAUGAACAAAAGAAGCUCGAUUUAGCCAAGGCAAAAGAACUCUCGGAAUGUCCAACUAUGCUGAAACCGCAGCGUCAGCCCCGUGGUCCAACACCAGGCACAUCGGCAGGCUUCAACAGAGUACCAGAGACAUCUCAGCGAUCAGCGAACACUCAUUGUAAACAGAGUCUUAUGGAAAAGAAGGCAUCGGCAGCUGCUAGACAAUGGAAGCAAAUGCAAGACCUCGAAGGUGUUACUAAUGAUGCCCUGGAUGAGCUUAUGCAGAUGACAGGUCUCGAAUCUGUCAAAAGCAAGUUCAUCAAUAUUCUGGAGAAACUACAGACUACCAUCAGACAAGGUACUGACCUCAAGCAAGAACGCAUGGGAACCGUUAUGCUUGGAAAUCCAGGCACGGGCAAGACGACAGUCGCUCGCCUGUACGCGAAAUUCCUGACCGAGGUUGGAGUAAUUGCCGGAUCAGAUUUCGUGGAAACCACUGGUGCCAAACUUGCGAACGAAGGCGUCAAUGCCACCAUAAAGAUACUGGAGGACCUGCUGAAGUCAGGUGGUGGUGCGGUUUUUAUCGAUGAGGCAUACCAACUAGUAUCAGGCAAUAGUCAUGGAGGAGCCGCCGUGCUUGACUACCUGCUUGCCGAGAUUGAGAACACCACAGGCAAGCUCGUUUUCAUCUUUGCUGGCUAUGAUCGACAUAUGGAGAAAUUCUUCCAGUACAAUCCUGGUUUAGCAAGUCGAAUGCCACAACGCAUGAUAUUUCUGGACUAUACAGAGACGGAAUUGCUAUAUAUGCUGCAACAAAAGAUCGACAAGAAGUAUAAAGGACGCAUGCAGGUUGAGGAUGGCCCUGGUGGUCUGUACAUGCGUGUCAUUAUUCGUCGAUUACACGCAGAGAGUGGCCGCGAAGGCUUUGGAAAUGCUCGAUCACUCGAGAAUGUCCUCAGCAAAACCACAGACGCUCAAUCUGCUCGUAUUACCAGAGAGCGAAGAUCGGGUCUACAGCCAGAUGAUUUUUGGCUUAGCAAGGAAGAUAUCAUCGGACCUGAACCUUCUGGAGCUUUAGUCAGAAGCGCUGCCUGGCAAGAACUCCAGAGUAUGGUUGGACUGGACUCUGUGAAGGCCUGCGUCAAGACACUCCUUGAUCGUAUACAGGAAAACUACCAACGCGAAUUAAAAGAGAAGAAACCCAUACAAGUCAGUUUAAAUCGUCUAUUUCUAGGCUCUCCAGGUACUGGAAAGACCACAGUCGCGAAGCUCUAUGGACAAAUCCUUGCCGAUAUCGGUUUGCUGAGUACCUCUGAAUGUGUCGUCAAGACACCAGCUGACUUCAUUGGAAGUGUCAUAGGAGAAUCUGAGCAGAAAACCAAGGCUAUCCUAGACAACACGAAAGGUAAGGUUCUUGUCCUGGAUGAGGCUUAUAUGUUGUGCUCCGGACUUGGAAACACGUCGGUACCGGCAGAUCCUUACCGAACAGCUGUUGUUGAUACCAUCGUCUCCGAAGUCCAGAGUACCCCUGGUGAAGAUCGAGCUGUCUUGUUGCUUGGCUAUGAUGAGCAAAUGAGAGAGAUGCUCAUGAAGGUCAAUCCUGGCCUCUCAAGAAGGUUUCCUGUCGACAACGCAUUUAUGUUCGAGGAUUAUGACGAUGCGCAACUGCUCAGCAUAAUGAACCACAAAUUGAAGAAACAGGAUUUGAGUGCUACAGAGGAAGCAAAGCAAAGCAAACAGCCAUCAAAGCGACGACCUAAUUUUGGCAAUGCUGGCGAGGUCGAAAAUCUUUUGUCGAGAGCCAAGGAUAGCUUUGCUCGUCGUCAGCAAUUUCUUGACGCCAAUAAACGAUCUGAUGAUGUGAUAUUCGAGCAACAAGACUUUGACCCCAAUUUUGACAGAGGUGAUGGUGCUAUCACCAACAUCAAGGAGCUGUUCGGAGACGUGGUUGGUUCUGAAGACGUUGUCUCAAAGCUGGAUGGUUACGCUACCAGCUAUACGAAAGCACUAGAGCUGGGCAUGGAGCCUCAAGACCUGAUACCAUUUAACUUCGUCUUUAAAGGCCCGCCAGGUACGGGCAAGACCACUACAGCUCGCAAGAUCGGCAAGGUGUUCUAUGCCAUGGGAUUUCUGUCCUCUGAUAACGUGGUCGAAUGCUCUGCUAGCAACCUGAUAGGCGAAUACGUUGGCCAGACAGGGCCCAAGGUGAUUCAAAAAUUCGAUGAGGCAUUGGGCCAAGUACUUUUCAUUGAUGAGGCCUACCGAUUUGGCGAAGGUCCUUUUGCCAAGGAAGCUAUAGAUGAGUUGGUCGAUUGUCUUACGAAAGAACGCUAUAAGUCCAGAAUGAUUGUGGUCUUGGCUGGUUACGAAGCUGAAAUCAAUCAUUUGCUAGGUGUCAAUCCUGGCCUCUCCAGCCGCUUUCCAGAGGAGAUCAUGUUCAGCAAUCUAGAUCCUCGGAUGUGCAUUCAGCUGAUAGAGAAAAACCUACGAACUAGGCUCAAGGUCCGAAACCUCCAUAUCGACUUGAAUUCAGAAUGCAAGGAGAUAUCAGAAUCAGUGGCUAUAUUGGAGGACCUCAGAAAUCUUUCAGGUUGGGGCAAUGGACGCGACAUCGAGACAAUUGCUUCUCGAAUUGCUAGCAAGGCUCUUCAAGAUUAUGACAUCUCUUCCGAAUGCUUGAGCAUUGCCUGGCCUCAUGUAUUGGCUGAGCUCAGGCGUCUGCAGAAUGAGCGACGUCUGCGAGAUAGCGUCAAACCUGCUAGCACUAAUAAGCCAGACACAUUGCAACCGGUGUUGCAAAGCAAGCGGGAUUUGCCUUCCUGUCUAACCUCAACUUCCACCGCGACAGCAACACGUAUCUUGUUCGAGGACGAGGAAGACUGCGCCGAAGAACUCAUUACAAUGUCCCUCAGCGAUCAGGAGGACGAGCGAGAUGCUGGUGUUUCUGAUGCGGUCUGGCAACAGCUUCAAGCUGAUAAAGCCGCACAAGACCUUCGAGAAGCAGAAGUAGUGGCUGCACUGGCCUCAGAAGCAAAGAGAAUCGAAGAGCUCAGUCGCUGGGCGGCACAAGCAAUUGCAGAAGCCACCGAGGUCGCACUGAAGGCGAGUGAGGACGACGAGGCCAGGCGGCAAACGGAACUCCAGCGGAUACGAGCUGCACAAGCCAAGAGAGAUGCGGAUGCAAUCAUAGCCCGGGAAGCGAAAUUGAGGGAAGCACAGAGACAAGAAGCACAGGUGCAGCAGAAGCUGCGUCAGAUUGGUGUCUGUUCGCAAGGAUUCAAAUGGAUCAAGCAAACUGGUGGAUAUCGAUGUGCCGGAGGUAGUCACUGGGUAACUGAUGCACGACUCGGAUUGUAA